UUUGUUAAGUCAAGGCUGGUUAGGAAGAGGCAACCAGGAUUUUGGUGUCAUACGAAUUUUUGUUUAAUCCAAAGCGAUUGAUAGCUCAGACUCAGAGGCGUUCAUCGGAAUGGCGAAGACGUCAUCGGAGUCACAAGGUUGCUGGAGAGUGUUGGAGUUUUACAGUGGAAUCGGAGGCAUGAGGUACUCGCUCAUGAAAGCCCACGUGAACGCCCAAGUGGUCGAGGCAUUUGAAAUUAACGACACUGCAAAUGAUGUUUACCAACACAAUUUCGCUCAUCGUCCUUAUCAGGGAAAUAUUCAAUGCUUGACUGCUGCUGAUUUGGACAAGUAUGGUGCUGAUGCAUGGCUUCUUUCUCCUCCUUGCCAACCUUACACACGACAAGGUCUCCAGAAGGACACUGGUGAUGCCCGAGCGUUUUCAUUUCUUCAGAUUCUUGAGCUUAUGCCAUUUCUACUGCAGCCUCCUAGUAUGUUAUUUGUGGAAAAUGUCGUUGGAUUUGAGACAUCUGAUACACAUGCAAAACUGAUUGAAAUAUUGAAAAAAACAAAUUUUAUAACACAGGAGUUCAUUCUGAGCCCUUUGCAGUUUGGAAUCCCAUAUUCCAGGCCUCGUUAUUUUUGUCUGGCUAAGAGAAAACCUUCAUCUUUUGUAAAUGAAUGUCUGAACAACCAGCUGGUUCAAUCUCCAAGGCCAUUAUUUGAAUAUUUUGAUAAAGUGGCUGAUGAAGAUGAUUCAUCAAAAGAGGACAGGCAUAACUUGUUGCAGUCAUGUCAACCUAUUGAGAAAUUUCUUGAAUUGAAGAUCCCUGGCAAUGACAUAGCUGAUGAAUCUGCAGCUUUAAUGACUGGUUUAUCUAAUGACGCUCCCAGAACUUUGGGGGAAAAUAAUGGUCAUGAAUAUGAAUCUUUGGACCAAUAUUAUGUUCCCCGAAGCUUGAUAGAACGGUGGGGAAGUGCUAUGGAUGUUGUCUAUCCUGAUUCAAAGCGCUGCUGCUGUUUUACAAAAAGUUAUUACAGAUAUGUGAAGGGAACUGGAUCCCUUUUGGCAACUGUCCAGCCAAUGAAGAGGGACAAAACAUCACUGAAGGAGCAAUGCCUUAGAUAUUUUACACCAAGAGAGGUUGCAAACCUACAUUCUUUUCCUGAAGAAUUUGAGUUUCCAGAGCACAUUAGUCUCAAGCAACGGUAUGCAUUGCUGGGGAAUAGUUUAAGCGUCGCAGUUGUUGCUCCCUUACUUCAUUAUCUUUUCACUGAAGCUUAAUGAUUUUUAAAUCACGACAUUCAUUCAACAGAAGUAGAUAUCUUCCUAUGCCUAUCUCCUAUAAUUUUGGAGUGAGAUUAUGUAAGAGUGCUGCGAGUUCUUGUUUCUAUCAUGAUGAUCUGACUUACAUUAGUUUGACCAUUUAUACCUCAGAAUUCAAAUUUAUAAUGUAGAGUUCUGCAACCAUUCUUUCAAAAGUUGACUAAAAUGUGGGGCGAAAAAUGCAAUUGAAAUUUGAGAGAUUCAAAAUGUACUUGUCAGUUGUCAGGCAUCUUGUAGAAGAAAGGAUAGGAUCUUGUAUCAAAUUUGAAUGUAAAAACAUUUGAGAGAAAAUAUUCAGUUAAAUUUAACUGUUCUAUGA